UUAUUAUUUCACUUGGAGUUUGUGUUGUGUCGCACCGAUUGUCUCCAUAUUAAUAUCUAUAUAUUCGGUGUGAAAGACAAAAACAAAAAAAAAAUUCGAAAGCAAAUUGUCUAGGAAAUCUAAUAGAAAAUGUGUCAUACUGAGUGAAUUUAGUGAAUUUUUAUUCCGAUUUAAAGUUGAACACAAAAUAUUGUUUGGCCGAAGUCCAAAGAAAUUCUUGCGAAUCAAAAAUUGAAAUAUUAUGCCACCACAGCCACUAGAGAGUAUACAAAAUGCGGCUGCAACCGAUGGUGGUGGCUUCACAAAUGAAGCAGCACGAGGCGGUACCAUCUCAUUGGCAAUGCUCAUUGAUUUUAUCAUACAGAGAACUUAUCAUGAGCUCACCGUUCUUGCAGAACUUUUGCCGAGAAAGACCGAUCUGGAGCGAAAAAUUGAGAUUUACAAUUUUUCAGCGAGAACGAGGCAACUAUUUAUUCGUCUAUUAGCACUUGUAAAAUGGGCUAAUUCGGCUUCAAAAGUGGAUAAAUCUUCCCACAUUAUGAACUUUUUGGACAAGCAAUCAAUGCUUUUUGUCGAUACAGCCGAUACAUUGGCACGAAUGGCCCGUGAAACCUUGGUCCAUGCCCGUUUGCCGAAUUUUCAUAUACCAGCUGCUGUUGAGAUUCUGACAACUGGUACCUAUUCUCGGUUGCCCACAUGCAUAAGAGAAAAAAUUGUGCCACCCGAUCCAAUAACGCCGAGUGAAAAACGACAAACAUUGUUGCGUUUGAAUCAAGUGAUACAGCAUCGUUUGGUAACGAGUCACCUAUUGCCACAAAUGCGAAAAUUUAAAAUUGAAAAUGGACGUGUCAAAUUUCACGUCGACCAUGAAUUCGCGGUGUCGUUAACGGUGAUGGGUGACGGUCCGGAUAUACCAUGGCGUUUGUUGGAAAUUGAAAUUUUGGUGGAGGACAAGGAAACCGGCGAUGGAAAGGCAUUGGUACAUACAUUACAAGUGAACUAUAUUCAUCAAUUGAUUCAAGCGCGUUUAGUGGAAAGUCCAAAUGCAUUGACUGAAGUGUUUAAUGUGUUGCAUUCAUUCAGUCAAUUGUUGCAAUUAGAAGUGCUUUAUACCCAAACAUUGCGUCUGAAAAUCGAUCGGCUGGACGAACAUAUUCAUGUGGAUGAAUAUGUGCCAGGUGUAAAAUUAACCGUUUCAUAUUGGCGUGAAUUGACGAGCAAAGAUCCAAAAUCCGAAAUGGGCUAUCGAUUUACAGUGCAAACCGAUCCAAGUGAUAGUGCAAGACCGUUGGCCGUGCUACAUAUGCCAUCAAUUGGUGCUAAAGAAUCAACUGAGGUCGCCGAUCGAGCCGUUCGUUGUGAUCUUCUUUCAAUUGAACGAUUACUGGUACACACGGUUUAUAUUCGAUCACUUGCCCGUCUCAAUGACAUCAAAGCUGAAUUUCAAACAUUUUUGAAAGACGUUGAUUAUCACUUACAAGGAACGCCAGCCAUUCUUACCGUUCCUGUAUUGAGCCCAUGCCUUCGAGCCGAACAAAUUCACAUAACUGUUGAUACGCAUACAGGAAUGUUGCGAUGUCAUGUGCCUAAACAUCUUAAUUGUACAGUAAUUCCAGAACUGGAAUCAGCUUUAAAUAGCGAUAUAAAUAAACUACCACAAUACGUUAGCGAGUUACGAUAUUGGAUAACACAAAGACGAUGUGAAAAGACACUCCAACAUUUGCCGGCCACAUCUUUUGAACUUUUACCAUUGCUAUAUGCACCCGAUCCAGCACUGGCACGAACUGGCCGACAUAAAAUAUUCAUCAAACUACAUCGACACUCAAAUAUCAUUUUGGUGGUGGAAAUUAAGGAGAAGCCAAAUACAUCGUGUGAAAUGGAAUAUAAAUUUCAUUUAAUCUUUGUAAAGCACAUUGCCAUUGAUGAGGAUCCAAGAAACCAAUCAAACCAAUCCGAAAGUGAUGUACCAAAAAAAUACUUGACCGUUCAAUCGAUGGUCGAAUUUGAUACGUUCACUGCAACACAUGGACCAGGAACUUAUCUUGAUGGUACAUCGAAUAAACGUAAGCAAUGUAUGAUUGAUGGACCAGCUUCCAAACAGCCGAAAACCAUUUAUCCGGCCUACUUCAUACCUGAAUUGGCGCAUGUAGUUGCAAUGUGCGACGAGAAAUUGCCAUUCUUUGCAUUGGCUCAAGCACUCAGUCAGCGCAAAGUUAAUCACACUGGACUACAAAUCGAAGCCAAUUCAACCAGUUUGGUAUUAAAACUGUUGACACUUCCAAUGCCCGAAGUAAAGCCAUCUGAUAGCAAGAAGUCCAUUCCAAAGAUAGAUCAAGCAGUUCGAAAUGCUUUGAUGAAACGUUUGCUUUCGGUGUCGAUUCGAUCGCAUAUUAAGAACAACAGUUCACGAUUCUGGACAGUAGAAAUCAUCUUUUUUGAAACACCUUUGAAAAGUAAACAUCAUCGCGAACAAGGAAAGCGUCGUCCAAUAUUGUUCCAGUAUGAUAUGGGCACCACUGAUACUGUAAAUCAUACAAUCGAUAGUCUGCUGAACGAUUGGUCAAAAAUAGUCUAUUUGUAUCUAUUGGUUCAUGAUUUCGCUGAGCAAUUCAAAAACGAAGCGAAUUUGCAAAAUUUCGUUGUGAUUAAAUCGUACUCGUAUACGAAUUUAUUGAUUGGAUAUGGGCCAAAUAAAGAGGUCACUGUCAGUAUAUUCUGGUGCACAAAAUCAAAGGAAUACAAAAUGAUUUUCAAUGGUGGCAAUACAGCGAUAAAUGCUCAUACAAUAAUGCGUGAACAACUACAGGCGCAUCUCAAUCGACAUCACAAUUUAUCGCAAAUAGUGCAUAUUAUACACGAGACAUAUCAACCGCUUAGUUCCAUUGCAAAACUACCGAUUAUUCCGCAAUUAGGAAUACCAGUAAAUCGACCAUUGAAUCCAGUGCUGUCAUUUUGUAUUUUACCUCAAUCGCCCACAUUGCUGCGUGUUUCAUAUCAAACAAUGUAUUGCAUGGAAAUUCGAUUUCGAGGUGGUGGUUUAGUUUCAAUCAGAGAUGGUGCAUAUAGUAGAUUUGAUCGUAGCAAUGUGGUGGAAGAGUUCACACCAACACAAGGUCUUAAGGGUUUUCUAUCGAAAUAUGUCGACGAAUCGGCCGUCUAUCGAAGACAAUCACAAUCGGAGGAUGACAACCCACCAUCACCGAUUACAAUGGAAGACACACAUGCGGGCGGUUCAUCACCUUUUUAUAAUUCCAACUUAAGUCUAAGACCACCACAAAGUCCACGUGAUGCUGGCCUGCGUUUUCAACAGCCAAUCACACCACCAUCAAGUUCAAAUCCACAUACGCCAGCUAGUCCACACAUGAUUGGACAAAGUCAUCCACAUAGCAGCUUUAACAUGACUUCACCACCUGGAUCACAUCCACAAUUACCUCAUCCAUCACCUAGUGGAAAUCUUAUGCCAUCAAGUCCACUCAAUCCACAACCGAGCCCAAUGACUGCUCAUUCACCUGGCCCAAAUCUCGCUUAUAUGCAAUCACAUCCUGACAGUAGCCCAUUUGCGGCUAUGUCACCAGCUGCUGCCAAUUGGCCAGGAUCACCACGGCCUUCACCACGGCCUGGACAGAGUCCAGAACAUAAAUUGCAACCUCAAGCCAAUGCGCCACAUUUAUCGCGAGUAAUUCCGGCUCGAUCGUGGGCCGGUGCGGUGCCAACAUUAUUAACUCAUGAAGCACUCGAUACUCUCUGUCGACCAUGUGCGCAUCCACAAAAAGAUAUUCCGGGACCCGAAUUGAGUCCAUUAGAGCGGUUUUUGGGUUGUGUAUCGAUGAGAAGAAAUUUGCAGCGGCUUAUUCAAUCCGACGAAGCGUUGCAAUAUAUUACAUCGAAUGAGCCAGGCGUUGUGUUAUUCAAAGCGGAAACAUUACAGUGUCAAGUAUUUUUGAAUCCGAUGCACAUGCAAUCGCUGCAUAUAAAAGUGUCACCGGCACCAAACGAUGCGGGAAAACCAAUAAUCCAAUGGAGCCCCGACGAAUUACUAGUGAUUGAGCAAUUUUUCGAUUUUCGAGUGGCUGCUCCACCCUAUCGACCAUCUACACUGUGCGGUUUUGGUAAAACAUUAACACUGCCACCGAUUGUACUUAAGGAUGUUGUACAAUUGAUGCGUUUAGAUCUGCAACCGGACCUAUUACAGCCGACGGCAAAAUGGAAUUUACAAUUGUGUAUGCGUGUACCACCGUCAGCGUCAUCAUUUCAAGUGGUUCCAGUUGGAAAUGCUGCUGUUCUGACUUGCCGUGAAAAGAUUCUAUUUUUCUUACAAUUGACUCGUGUACCAUAUAUGCCUGGCAUUGAAUGGAAAGAUUCGGUGACACUAGUGCUUCCGUUGGUUCAUGUUGUUACCAAAAAUCUAACACAAUUGGUGAGCAGAGAGAAUGUACAAUCACCGGUUGUGCAUGCAGUCAAUGAGCAUCUUAAGCGUUUCGCAGAGUAUACAGCUCACAGUGGUGAAUGUUCUUUAUUCCCUGCUGUGCGUGAUCUUCUUAUGAAUUUUAUUUUGCCAAACGAAAUAUCACCGGUGCUGCCAAAUCAAUGUGUAGCAUCACCAAUGGGUGCCAGCCCAAAUCCAAUGAUGCAUUCACCAAUGCAAGCAAUGAAUCAGCCGGGAAAUGCACCACCGAUUGGUGUACCAGUUCAACCACAACCGUAUGGCGGAAUGGGAGGCGUAUGAUUCACCGUCUGCACAUAGUAGAUAUUUCUGUGAAAUGAUAACAAAGAAUAGAAAAAUUGCAUGAAAAAUCGUCCAUUCAAAAAAGCAUCGAUUGGUCGAAUUAUUUUCUAAAUUUAAUUAACAGCAUUCAAUAUUGACAAAUUGCUUGACACUCCAGCAAAAUUGAAUCAUUUUGACAAAGGACAAAAAAGAGAUGAACUAGAAGAUUUAGUAGGAAUAUUUAUUUUUAACAAAAAACAUGAAAAAAUUUAUAAUUUUAAUAGUAAUAAAAGUAUAACAAUAACAUCAAUAAAAGGAACAAAACAAACACAGCGUUUAAAAUGAAAACUGUUGAUGAACUGACUAUUUUUUCCGUUUUAAUAUUAUAAUAAAGAGACAUGUACAGAUCAAAA